AUGGACAUGGCAGACGCGGCCGAGUUGCAUGACGAGUGCUCCGCAGCUUCCAAGCCAUCAGAAACCCACCUCCGCACAGACGGGCAUCGCAUGCCCGGAUACUUGCACCUUCUCCCUCUGAUCGUGAUGGUCGAAUCCGAAACUCACGUCGACUGGCACGAAGCGAACCGUGCGCUUCUCGAGGCCAACGACGUUUGUGAAGCGAAUGAGAGAGUUGUAGAAGAUCCGGAGGAUUUUGGCAAGAAGCUCGAUGAGACAAACUCGGAUCAUUGGCAAAAGACACUCUCGCGCGUCAAGUUCAGCUGUGUACACGACAAUGUUAUGCGAUCUUGCAUUCGACAAUGUGCUGGACUACGGUCACCCCUACGAGAAGUGCUCGACUGUGAUUACAACUGCACGAAGCGUUGUGGAGAUUGCAGGAAGAGAGCCACCAUGGUUGUCAGCGACAUUGCAACCUCGUACCCGAUUCAACUGGUUAUGAGCCCGGAAUGA